GGCAGAGGGCGGGGAAGGGGCCUCCAUUCUGAGGUUCAAAGAACUGCGGUGUGUGAGGUUUCAGGUGGAAAGGAGAGGCACUGUCAGGCAGGGGUCUGCGAGGCCAAACUCGGAUCCUCACCCAGUCUCGGCACCGGGCGGGAGCGGGGCGAGCACCGAAACGACUGGAAGCGCGCGCCGCCUUCAUAAAGAUGUAGUUGGGAGCGCCCACGGUGAGGGUGGACGUGGACUUUCUACGGCCCUCUAACGGUGAGUGAAAGCAAAGCGGGGAAGAAACUGAGCCGGUCAGCUGACCAAGCCUUAAAACUACGGAUCGACAGACUGACCGUGCAGAAGUAAGCCCUGGGAUAACCCUAGUGAACGCAUGGCCCUCUGGGAAAUGUAGUUCGGCGCAGGCGCAGUGCGGGACAGUCGCGGUCGCAGCCUUUGUCUAGUCGUCCUUCGGGAGCCCUAGGAGGAGACAGGGAAGAUCUGGGAGAUGAUAAAAAUCACAUAAAUACCUCACUGAACAACAUAACUGCCAUCCUGGAAACUGCAGUGAAGACAGCAGCGCACAACGGGAUGCGGCAGACUAGGAGAACUGUGUGCAGAGGAUCUGACUGUUCGUGCAAGAGUCCAGAGGAGGAGGGAAUGACCCCUGGGUUCCUGGAUGCCGGGGCCCCGGAGCAAGUGACCUUUGAGGACGUGGUCGUGGACUUCACCCAGGAGGAGUGGGGGCAGUUGGAGCCCGCCCAGAGGACCCUGUACCGCGAUGUGAUGCUGGAGACCUUUGGGCUCCUUGUAUCUGUAGACUUGGAAACUACAUCCAAACCCAAACUGUCACCUCCAAAGCAAGAUAUCUGUGAAGAACUAUUCAACAGUGUCCUGGUAGGAAGCUUCCUAUGGAAUAGUCUGUGGUGUUCUAAGGGUGAAGAUACUGCGGGUCCCUGGGAACAGAGUCAUGAGAACCUUGAUGGCCGUGUGCUGCAGGUGGCCUUCACACCUGUGAGGACAUCUGUUCAGAAGCAGCUGCCAGAGAAUGGGUUUGGGGAAAACUCACUUCUGAGACCAGAUCUCCCAACUGAACCUGUGACUCCUAAAAGACAAGGCUCCCACAUGUGGGGAACACAUAGAAAGAGGAAAAAUCCAGACUCAAAAUUAAAUGUGCAACAGAAAACCUAUGCAAAAGAGAAACCCUACACAUGUCAAGAAUGUGGGAAGGCCUUUAGUCACAGCUCGGCACUCAUUGAACACCUCCGAACACACACAGGAGAGAGACCUUACGAAUGUCACGAAUGCAGAAAAGGUUUCCGAAACAGCUCAGCACUUAACAAACAUCAGAGAAUCCACACUGGCGAGAAACCCUAUAAGUGCAUACAGUGCGGGAGGACCUUCAACCAAAUUGCCCCACUGAUCCAGCACCAGAGAACUCACACAGGCGAGAAGCCCUACGAGUGCAGUGAAUGUGGGAAAUCCUUUAGUUUUAGGUCCUCCUUCAGCCAACAUGAGCGGACUCACACAGGCGAAAAGCCCUAUGAGUGCAGUGAAUGUGGGAAGGCCUUCCGGCAAAGUAUCCAUCUGACCCAGCACCUGCGAAUCCACACUGGGGAGAAGCCCUAUGAGUGUGGAGACUGUGGCAAGACUUUCAGCCACAGCUCGUCAUUGACAAAGCACCAGCGAAUCCACACUGGGGAGAAGCCUUAUGAGUGUCACGAGUGUGGAAAAGCCUUCACCCAGAUCACACCACUAAUUCAGCAUCAGAGGACACACACUGGAGAGAAGCCUUACGAGUGCAGUGAAUGUGGGAAAGCCUUCAGCCAGAGCACGCUGCUGACUGAGCAUCGUAGGAUUCACACUGGCGAGAAGCCCUAUGGGUGCAAUGAGUGUGGGAAAACCUUCAGCCACAGCUCAUCACUCAGCCAGCAUGAGCGGACACACACCGGGGAAAAGCCCUACGAAUGCAAUCAAUGCGGGAAGGCCUUCCGGCAGAGCACACACCUCACUCAACAUCAGAGGAUCCACACAGGGGAAAAACCCUAUGAGUGCAGCGACUGUGGGAAGGCCUUCAGCCACAGCUCAUCCCUAAACAAACACCAGCGAAUUCACACUGGGGAGAAGCCCUAUGAGUGUAAUGAAUGUGGCAGGGCCUUCAGCCAGCUUGCUCCACUCAUUCAACAUCAGAGGGUCCACACAGGAGAGAAGCCCUAUGAGUGUCAUGAGUGUACCCGAGCUUUCAGCCAGAGCUCCCUACUCAUAGAACACCAGAGAAUCCACACCAAAGAAAAGCCCUACGGGUGCAACGAGUGUGGGAAAUCCUUCAGUCACAGCUCAUCACUAAGCCAGCACGAGAGGACACACACUGGAGAAAAGCCCUAUGAAUGCCAGGAUUGUGGGAAAUCCUUCAGGCAGAGCACUCACCUGACUCAGCACCGGCGGAUCCACACGGGAGAGAAGCCAUACAAGUGCAGGGUCUGUGAGAAGGCCUUCACACACAGCUCCUCCCUGACCAAGCACCAGAGAACUCAUACUGUGCGGAGGCGGGUCUGGCCGGAGUCUGCGAAGUCGCGCUCGGAUUCCGAGUCUUGCUGCUCAGGUUCGAGAGUCAUGGUCGGGGGCGGGGUGAUCCUUGAAGUAACCGGAAAAAGAACACGCGGCCCUCUGGGAGAUGGACUUCGGCAGCCGCCUGCGCAGGCGCAGUCCGGGCUGUUGGCGGUUGCAGCCUGUUCGGUCACUAGCGGAACUGUGUGCAGAGGAUCUGACUGUUCGUGCAAGAGUCCAGAGGAGGAGGGAAUGACCCCUGGGUUCCUGGAUGCCGGGGCCCCGGAGCAAGUGACCUUUGAGGACGUGGUCGUGGACUUCACCCAGGAGGAGUGGGGGCAGUUGGAGCCCGCCCAGAGGACCCUGUACCGCGAUGUGAUGCUGGAGACCUUUGGGCUCCUUGUAUCUGUAGCAGGACACUGGCUCCCGAAGCCAGCCGUCAUCUCCCUGCUGAAGCUGGAGGCAGAGCCAUCGGCGAUGGACGAGGGAGUUCCCCGAGGUAUGUGCACAGGCUUGGAAACUAGAUCCAAACCCAAACUGUCAGCUCCAAAGCAAGACAUCUGUGAAGAACUAUUCAAUGGUGUCCUGGUAGGAAGCUUCCUAUGGGAUGGUCAGUGGUGUUCUAAGGGUGAAGAUGCUGCGGGCCCCUGGGAACAGAGUCAUGAGAACCUUGAUGGCUGUAUGCUGCAGGUGGCCUUCACACCUGUGAGGACAUCUGUUGAGGAGCAACAACUGGGGAAUGGGUUUGGGGAAAACACAUGUCUGAGCCCACAUCUCCCGUGGGCUCCCACUGAACCCGUGAUUCCUGAAAUACAAGGCUCCCACAUGUGGGGAACACAUGGAAAGAGGGAGAAUCCAGACUCAAAAUUAAAGGUGCAACAGAAAACCUAUGCAAAAGAGAAACCCUACACAUGUAAGAAAUGUGGGAAGACCUUCAGUCACAGCUCCAUAUUCAUCGAACACCAGCAGUCUCACACAGGAGAGAGAUUUUAUGAAUGUCACGAAUGCGGAAAAGCGUUCCAAAACAGCUCAGCAUUUACCAAACAUCAGAGAAUCCACACUGGGGAGAAACCCUAUAAGUGCAUACAGUGCGGGAGGACCUUCAGACACAACUCAUCACUCAGCCACCACAAGCGGACACACACAGGAGAGAAACCCUACGAAUGCAGUCAGUGCGGAAAGGCCUUCCGGCACAGCACACACCUCAUUCAGCAUCAGAGGAUCCACACAGGGGAAAAACCUUACGAGUGCAGUGAUUGUGGUAGGGCCUUCAGCCACAGUUCAUCCCUAAACAAUCACCAGCGAAUCCACACUGGGGAGAAGCCCUAUGAGUGUAAUGAAUGUGGCAGGGCUUUCAGACAGCUCGCUUCACUCAUUCAACAUCAGAGGAUCCACACAGGAGAGAAGCCCUAUGAGUGUAACGAGUGUGGCCGAGCUUUCAGCCAGAGCUCCCUCCUUAUAGAACACCAGAGAAUCCACACCAAAGAAAAGCCCUACGGGUGCAACGAAUGUGGGAAAUCCUUCAGUCACAGCUCAUCACUAAGCCAGCAUGAGAGGACACACACCGGAGAAAAGCCCUAUGAAUGUCGGGAUUGUGGAAAGUCCUUCAAGCAGAGCACUCACCUGACUCAGCACCGGCGGAUCCACACGGGAGAGAAGCCAUACAAGUGCAGGGUCUGUGAGAAGGCCUUCACACACAGCUCCUCCCUGACCAAGCACCAGAGAACUCAUACUGUGUAGAUGCACUCCACACAAGCUGGGACGUACAUACCCUUAAGCCAUAGUUCACCUCUUACUAUACUUGACCCAAUCAUACCCAAAGCAAGAACACAGACAUAUUUAUACACAAGCUUUCACACACAGUACACUGCUCAGAUUAUCCAAACAGUAGGUAAAUGAGAUGAGCCACAUUGAGGAUCUUCAAACUUGAGUGCUCACUAACACUAUAGAACCCAAAAAAGAAAUGGAAAAUAUAGUGGGGUUUGCUGUGGCUUCUGUCCAAGGAUUCACCAGAUUCCAAGCCAGACAUUUUCAAAGUGGUGAGGGACCCAACAAAUGCCUUUCAUUUGUAAGAACCAAAUGCAAUCUGGAUUGAUCAGUAUUGCACACUACAUUUUGGGGGCAGGGGGAGUGCUUAUGAAUGGUGUAGAUUGACUCUGAUAGUCCCUAAAAACACUAUGGCAGAGUGUUUCACACAUGAGAGUGGCAUCUGUAUGGAAGCACCAUGCAUACUCAACUGUCUCAGUAUGAAGUUCUCUGAUCAGUGUGUAAAUUGUUGAUCAAGGUAGAAGGCAACCAGUCUCACAGAUUUGAACUCCAUAUGACAAAAUAUCAGUGUACUCUAAACAGAUUUUUAAAUUCAUUGUCUGCAUUAUUUUGUAAUAAAUCCUUAUAUGCAACAGGGUUGAAAAGAAUUGUAUAGGAAGACUUGAAGUGUAAGCUCCAUGGAGCCUUACAGAUUUUCAGAUGGCUUUUGCUGCUCUGUUCUUGCUAUAAAUUUAUUUAUAGGACUCACAGGCAUUAGAAAUGCAGAUGAUGCCAUUUCACAAAAAGAGGGAAGAUUUUUGACAUUAAGCCACUAUUCUCAUGAGCAGUAGCUCUUAACACGUUGGAACCUUGUUUUGCAAGGUUUAUCCCUUUGAAAAAUGUACAAGUUGAUUUUAUCUUGAACCAUUUUUUCAUUGAUUUUUCAUACUGGUGUUUAAAAAGCUUUUGUUUUUAUAUAAUUUAACUUGAAGGUCCAUAGUAUUUAAUUGAAUGCUGAAUCACUAUAAGCAGUCUCCCUGACAACUACGAUCCUUAAAUGGUGACUUGCCACCCUUGAUUAUUGCCACACAGCAAUAGUAAUUAAUACACUCUGGAAAUAUUUUUUUUUUAAUUUU